GUCUCGGCCAGAGUAGCAUGCAGAAAGGAUGGCUUUCAAUUAUUUCUACAACCAAGUAUCAGAUGCUUUAGGCAACAGGGGCGGAGGCGGAGGUGGAGGAGGAGGCGGCUUUUAUUCAAAUUUCCCUAAUUUCCCCAAUCUGCCGAAUUUGCCAAACAUACCUGGUAUAGGAAAUUUGUCCAAUUUCGGGAGACAGGCUGACGGUUUUCCACAUUUCCCAAGACCAAAUUUACGCGGUUCUUACAAAUUCUCGAAUCGAGUCCUUAAAGGAAACCAAAAUACCUUCGAUCCUUCACGAUCCACCUUCCGUUUGGGAGAGCGAGGCUCUGGUCUAAGGCCGAGAAGUCAACAGAUACAAGACUUCACAAAAAUCAGAGAUGAUCUUUUGGCGAAAGGAGAACUGUUCGAGGACCCGGAGUUCCUGCCAGUCGACUCUUCGAUAUUUUUUAGCAAGAAACCUCCAAGACCGUUUGUUUGGAUGCGGCCUACUGAAAUAUCCAACGAUCCUCGCCUAUUUAUUGAAGGGGCGUCUAGGUUUGAUGUCCAGCAGGGAGAACUUGGUGAUUGUUGGCUCUUAGCAGCAGUAGCAAAUCUUACGUUGAACGAGGAGUUGUUUAAACAAGUUGUACCUGACGACCAGAACUUCAAAAAUAAGUAUGCAGGGAUCUUCCAUUUUAGAUUUUGGCAGUACGGUAGAUGGGUUGAUGUGGUUAUAGAUGACAGGCUUCCGACGUACAAUGGUCAACUGAUUUUCCUCCAUUCUUCUGAGCCGAAUGAAUUCUGGAGUGCACUUUUAGAAAAAGCCUAUGCCAAGCUUCACGGAUCUUAUGAAGCACUGAAAGGAGGCAGCACCAAUGAGGCGAUGGAGGAUUUCACCGGUGGCCUUGCAGAGAUGUACGUUCUAGAGGAAGCCCCAUCAAAUCUCUUCCAAAUCGUCCUCAAAGCUCAUGAAAGAUCUUCGCUAUUGGCCUGUUCAAUCGAGCCUGACCCAAAUGUGACAGAAGCGCAAACAUCUCAGGGUUUAGUCAAAGGGCAUGCUUAUAGUGUUACAAGGAUCCAAUAUGUUGAUAUACAAACGCCAAACGUUUCAGGGAAAAUACCUCUUCUUAGACUUAGAAAUCCUUGGGGAAACGAAGCAGAAUGGAACGGAGCCUGGAGUGACAAGUCACCGGAGUGGAGAUAUAUUUCAGAUGAGAAAAAAGAGGAGAUUGGCCUGAUAUUUGAGUCUGAUGGUGAAUUUUGGAUGUCUUUCAAAGAUUUUAUGAAGUAUUUCAGCCGUUUGGAAAUAUGUAAUCUUAACCCAGACUCCCUCAUACACGAUAACAAAAAGAAAUGGGAAAUGAGUGUGUUUGAAGGGGAAUGGGUCAGAGGUGUUACCGCCGGAGGCUGCAGAAAUUUCCUAGAAACUUUCUGGCACAAUCCGCAGUAUACCGUGGAAUUGACAGAAGCUGAUGAGGAUGACGAGGAUAACAAGUGUACCAUGAUAGUUGCCCUCAUGCAGAAAAAUAGAAGGGCUCAACGUAAAAUAGGAGUGGAGUGCCUCACGAUAGGAUUUGCAAUUUAUCAUCUUGAGGAUCCAGACAAGUUACCAAGACCGUUAAAUCUGAAUUUUUUUAAAUAUAAUGCCUCUGUGGCGAGAUCUCCUUCUUUCAUAAACUUACGUGAGGUAAGCUGUCGUUUCAAGCUCCCUCAGGGUACAUACUGUAUUGUUCCGUCUACUUUUGACCCUAACGAAGAGGGCGAGUUCCUCUUGAGAGUGUUUACAGAAAAAGCUUCCCAUAUGGAAGAAAACGACGAGUUGAUCGGAAUCGGAGAAAUCGACACGAGGAUCAAAGAGGCCGAAGAUCAAGAGCCUGAUGAUGUCAAGGAGGAGAAAUACGAUAAAGUCAAAGAAUUCUUCAAGAAACUGGCUGGUGACGAUGAAGAGGUCGACUGGAUAGAACUUAAAGAAAUUUUAGACUAUGCCAUGCGAAAUGACGUACCGAGAGGCGAAACUGACUUUAUUACUGGCCUAUUAUCCAACCUCUGUGGCGCAUUUUGCCGUGAUACUCCUUUUGCCUCUCAGUUUGAGCUCAAAGUUGAAGGAUUUUCAAAAGAUGUUUGCCGCAGUAUGGUCGCCAUGAUGGACACCGAUCGUUCAGGAAAAUUGGGCUUUGAAGAGUUUAAGCAUUUGUGGGUUGACAUCAAACAUUGGAAGAAUGUGUUCAAAUUAUACGACAAAGAGAGCACAGGCUACCUCAGCCCGUUCGAUCUAAGGCAGGCUCUCAAUUCGGCCGGGUACAGGCUGAACAACCACAUUCUGAACGCCCUUUGUCACAGAUACGCUGGUAGAGAUGCAAGGAUAGCGUUUGACGAUUUCAUGAUGUGCGCUGUUCGAUUGAAAUCAAUGCUUGAAAUUUUCCAAGAAAGAGACCCGACUGGCACAAAUAAGGCUACUUUCACUAUGGAGGAAUGGAUUGAAAAUACACUUUACUCAUAAAAAAAUGCAUUUUUGUAUUAAUUUAAAUUUUUUUUCUUGAGUGCAAAGCAGCUGAAACCAAAAAGCAAGUUAUUAUUCUUGCUGUAUCUUUUUUGCAUGCUGCGAUUAUUACAUGAAAUAAUAUUAC